UUCUGAAAAAGCUAAAUAAUGCUGGAUACGGAUCAAGAGAGAGGGAAAGCACUAUUAAUAACAGCUUCCAUUAUUUUCAUUUACUACACUAUAUGGGUGAUUGGAUUACCUUUUAUAGAUGACAACAGAGUAAAGACUUUAUUUUACCCACAGAAUAUUGCAUUAAUGGUUCCGGCUAUCAGUGGUCUGUGUUUUGUCGGUGGUUUAAUGAUAUUUACUGCCUAUCACUUGCAUCCUUAUUAUGGGAAAUAAAAUUAAGGA